AUGGUAAAGCGAUGCGCUUGGGGAACUUGCAGAAAUGAUUCUCGGUUCCUACAUUUGCAAACAAAAAACAAGAAUGGCGAUCCUGUUAUUUUCUAUCGUUUUCCGGCUCCAAAACGCUGGAAAGAAACGGCAGAAAGAAGGGAGCGAUGGAUUAUUGCGUGUCAUCGCGGAGACUCAUUCGUGUGCAAGAAAGACAGCUACAUAUGUAGCUUGCACUUUGUCGGUGAAAAUGGGCCAACUCUUGAACAUCCUGAUCCCAUAUCAGCUAUAAAAAGCAAAGAAAAGGUUUGUCGAAUGUAUUUGCGUGUUUUAUUGUAAUAUUUAACUUGCGUUUCCGAGCAACGAGUUUAUACAUAUUUAUAUAUUGUAGGUUGAAAGGCUUCAUCGUAAACGCAAAGCUCCCAAGCAGCGUUUAGGCAUAGAUGUGUCAGCAAGAAAGGCUACAAAAGUCGAGGGAAAUGCAGAAGCGUCAGAGAUGUUAGAUCUAUUGGAUUCGGACUCAUAUGACUCAAAGUUGGAAACGACAAAGGAGGAAAUAGUAGCAUCCGAAAGUUUGUUGUUAUUGGGAGAAGACAUGACAGAAAGUUCAGAACAAAAUGACAUUGGCUCUAUAAAAAAGGAUGAGAGCGUGCAGGUAUAGCAUAUAUGUAUAUUUAAGAUGGUCUAAAGAGUUAAUUCAAGCUGAUUGUAGAGGCAAUUGCCAUUUAUAUCAAUUCUGGUUAUUUGCUAAAAUUAACAUUUUGCAAAAUGCAUCUGUUCAUAACAGUAAUAUUUAUUAUUUAUAUACAUACUGUAGUAUGUGUUUAUAGCAGAGUGUAUAGAUCAGUUCAUAUUUCGUAUUGUAUAGACAGGCUAGACAGCUGGUGCAAGUGUAGAUGAUAGUAGAGUAGUUUUGUAAACAAUGAAUUUAUUCACAAAUUUAUAUUUAUGCUUUAAUAGACAAAUGUUGUAGCUUUGGACAUAAAAGACUAUUCAGAUGAGAUGCUAAAGAGUUCCAAAAAGUUAAUGAAAUAUUUAUUUAUUGCUCUGGUAGAUGACCCAAAAAAGACCUACCACUAUACAGGUUGGCAGUAAUCAUGGUUUAUUUUAAUGCAAAAUAGAAUAAAAUUUGAUAAAUAUUUCCCUUUCUGUUAAAGGUUUAUCAAAGGAGUACCUUAAUGUUUUAUAUGUGAAUGUGAAGAAAAAGGCAAAGUCACUGACAAUGUGGUCAGGUACUAUAAAGACGAAACCAAACGUUGGCUUACAAAGUAAAUAUGAAAAG